AUGCACAAUCUCUACACUUCCAACUACACAAUCCCUCCUCGGUUUUGGAUUGAUUCGUCGACCCAGGAUUACAAGGUAAUUAGGGUCAUGCAGCUUCUCGAUCACGAAGAAAUCGCAAUUGAAGUCAAGGUAUUUUCCCUGAGGGUGGGUGUGAAGCGACUUGCGAAGAAGCCAUUGCUCGAUACCGUCAUCGCCAUCGUCAAUCGACGCUGCAUCUCCCAGUCGCCCCGUCCAACUCUCUUCUUCGUGUUUGUUGCAUUGGGCAGCGCCCUCUCUUCUCCGGUCCUAGAUCUGUGA